CAUUGGUGUGUGGGACAUGAGAAGGUGCUGGUCCCCAAUCCACCCACACAAACUGGUCACAUGGCAUUUUGAAACAUUCAAAUCUACUUUCGCCGAGUGAGUGUUUUGUUGGUAUGGACUAUUUCAAGAGAACACCGGAGACGUGUAAGAUCAGAAGUUGGACUCUCCAUGGCGGAUUCAUUGAUUAAAAAAUCACGAAGCUGAAAACGUCAUACAGACCUGUAACGUGGCAACAAGCUAUUGGUCUAAACUGCCCACAGGUUGUGACGUUGCAGAUGAAAUGUUUUGGAGAAGGAACUCACCAAGAAUUACUUGAGACUUCUUUAUUUGUACACUAGACAUAACAACGGUGUUACGACAGUAGUCUUAUAAUAAUUAAUAUAAUGCCAAAAUAGUCGCCUAUGUACAUUUCGUGGUGUUAGAUACUUGAGGGAUGUUAUGAGAGAGCCUACUCACUGUUUAUAAACACUCUUUGUUGUUCAGCCUUCAGCAUGCCCACGCAUAUGGUCGAGUUGGACGAAGUGUUGCGACGUCACGCGUGGACUAUUCUUGUCAAGAGAUGUAACAUCAUUCGGCGUUUGUUUCUAGAUGAAGAAGAUUAUAAUUUUACUAUUGACUGGUCGAGUCUCAGUCUCAAACACAAACUCUACAGGUUUAGCCCGAAGUAUGCAGAAGGUACAUUGAUCGAGACAAGCUGUGGAAAUGUUGUUACAGGAUAUCAAUGGGUCUCACUCUGGUCAUGUGACUUUGAAAACAAGGCCAGCAGUAAACAGUCGCAUAUUUUCCGCGGAACACGCGACACGACCACCUGGGUUGAUGUCGACUUAGAUCAGUAUUUCACAGUCAAUAAAGAGGUUAGUGUGGAAGUCAAUCUACCGCCAAAUUUUAGUAAAUUUCGAGCCGGCCGAGACAACAGUCUAAGUCUGAAAAAGGUGAAAGGUCAAGUAUUCAAAGAAAUCCUCUCCUGGAAAGUCAAUUCUAGUGUUGAUGUUCAGCCCAACUGGCGAGCUAACGCCCAGCUGCUAGCUAAAGAGGAGUGCUCAGCUAUAGAGUUUGAAAUCAGAACCACUCUACAUAAUCCAAAAGGCGCUGUCACUGUUUCCUUUCUACGGAAGAGUGACGGAUCUGUAGCCCAUAUUGUAAACAUUGCCAACUUUGAGGAGGCUUUCAGACUGGUAGAGGAAGGCGGUGUUCUCAAACCAGAGGAAAAAGUGUGUGUCGAGUCAAUGACAGAGACGACCACCAAUCAAAGCGGCGACGUAGUGACCCAAUCUUACCCACAGCUCAUCACCAAGGGCACCUGCGUCUGCCUGAGCUGGUCCGACCAGAAAGUGGACAUCAAAACAUCACCUCUGUCCGUGGACGAACUGAGAGUGGACAGCAACCGAAACAGUGUCGAGCAGGGGGGCACAAAGUAUCAGGAAGAAGGAAACAUUGUGGUGCAAGCUUGUUGAACCAAUUGGCCCCAAUCCCAUUUCCAGUUUCAGCAUUUAGCGUUACAUGUUACAUACUAACCGCAUGACUAAAUGUAAACUUUUUUUUUAGGCAUACCAAUCAUUAACGUGUAACCUGAUAAUAUACAUUUAUUAUUAUUGCCACUGUAGCAAAUGUUUAUUUCUGAGCUAAUGAUAACUGAUGACGAAUCUGUCUCAAAUUUUAUCAUGCAAGAAGAAGUGGCCUUUCAACUUGUCAUGUUAUCUCCUACUCAGAUCCAUGUAUCAUCUACUUGUGGUGAUAUAGAGUGCUUAUCGCACGUGGAAUGAAUGAGCUCUUGAAUGUAGAAAAAGAUUUAGUCUUUCUGUUAAUUGUUUUAAAAUGUUUCGGAUGUUCCUUCAGAGUUGAAGAUAAUCUAGGCCUACUUCCUAGUCCAACCUCCCGCAGGUCGACGGGGGAAGUCAGCGGACAUUUGAUUGCUGUAGCUUUUUUAAAACAAUAUAUAAUUACUGAUUUAAUGUAUCAAAAUCUUUACUGGGGGAUCAUUAUAAUUAGUGAUUUGAUUAAGAUGUUACUCUUUUGCAAGGUAUGCAGUACAGAUAUAGUCACUGUGUCAAUGAAAUGCAUACAUGAUUGUUAACAUUCAAAUAUAAGCAACUAGUUUUGUGAGGAAUAAACAUCUUAAAGGGAAAUAAUUACCCACUAGAUCUCUAUUUGAACGGUAUACAAGUGUAAAAAGCGACAAAAGUUUUUAUACCAGAUAUAAACCUUAUAAAAUGGGUAUUGGUUAUUGUGCUGUAACGAGACUUAAAUCUCCACACCCUGCUGCUCGGUCAAUCAGGAUACCUAAAACUGAAUAAAACAUUAUUCUUUGGAAAUUCACUAUGUUUAUCAAGGGAAGCUACCUUCUUCUGUCUAUUCUAUUCAGUCUCUAUAGAGUUACUCUACCACCCGUCUCUAUUCUUAGCGUCUUUCUUGUAUAACCUUAGCAACUCUUCUGGUUUAUAUAGUCGUCAAAAAAAUACUUUUUAAGCAUUUCUACUAGCCUUAACAUGCCUUUUCUUUUCUGAGCGUUACAGAGGUCAGUGAUCUUCGCCACUUGAUAGUAACAUAGCUUCUAAUGUUUUAUUUGGGUUUGCAAUAAUUGAUAAAAGUAACAAAGGAUCUCUCUAGUAAAUCAACUUAAUAUGAUAACAAACAAAAUAUACUUUGAUAAAAACAACUACAAUUACCCUGGUUAGCUUGCUCCUGCGAUAGUUCUAUUCCAACAAUGAAACAGAAAACAAUGUUUUCUAUAAUUAAUAUCAUAUAGGAUGUUAGUUAAACCACACUAAAUGACCCAAGAAGUUAUUUGUGAUUGAUGGUUGUGACAUAUAGACCUUUGUGAUUGUCCAAAGUAGAAGAUUCUUUGAACUUUAGGUUAAUAGAAGUUUCCUUCCAUCAGCCUUUAUGAAACUUUGUUCUGUUUGGGAGGGAUCCAAGCGUAUGUAAAAUAGUUUCAUCCCUAUUACCGAUGGUUUGUGUCCCAAGUUUGUUGGACUAGAGGCGAGUCCGAAGGUCGAGCACCCCGGUAAACUCCCCCAUAAUCCCUUCUUUGUACCACAUCAGCCAGUGCUGGUGUCUUGGGGUGCGGUGUGUGGAGAGUAACAGGGUAGUUGGGGCUCUCUUCCAUCCCCGCCAGUGCGAUGGACUCGGUUCUAAGUUACCCCCAACGGGAGUUCUGUUUUCCUCCCUAAUCGUCUCCCCUAGCGACCGUUUCUACUGGGGCGCCACCUUCAGGCUGAGAAGAGUUCUAUCCCUACAAAUACCUUCAGUUGCAAAACCUGAAGACUUUUAUUUUCUAUGUAUAGACUUAAACAUAAAAUGAUAAACUAUACUGUUGCUUAUUGGACUCAUAAACAAAUGUCACACAUAGUCUGACGGAUUUUUAUUGUUGAUAUUUUGUAUCUAUAGGCAUGAUAUACUAUUUAUCUUCUUCUAAAUAAACUAGGUAACCUUUACUAUA